GAAUACCCCCAUAACCUCCAUUUGUACAAUCAUACAUGCAUUGAACAGUUGUUUGAUUGAAGUGUCAUUCCGCAGCUAUCCCACAGGCUGGUCUUUAAAAUUCAUUUAGAUAUCACCAUCGGACGGUGACCACUACAAUCAAACCUCAAUAGCAAAAAGGCUCACCAGUCCACCAUCUCCUCUCUCUUAUACUGGUCGAUUCACUCUCACUACCUCACCAGCCCACCACCUUCCGAUUCUUAUCCGAUUUCCGGUCUAACUAUCGACCCAGCUCACCCCCUCACCAGCCCACCACUCUUUUAUAUCUGAGUUGUCAAUACGAUGGGUCCGGCUCACUACCCCUUAUGGAAUGUCUUUCCGGCUCCGCCUGAAGUUGAUAUCAAGGGUGAGCGGAAAAAGAUGGAUGAUUAUGUCAAGGACUUUCCGUCACAAUCACACGGCUACAAGAUCUCCAUACGACACUCGUCAAACGAUAAGUGCAACAUCUGCCACUAUCACUGUCAUCGAAGUGGUCUACCUCACAAACCGAAGCCCAAUACCUCUACCAUGUCAUCCACUACGACCGAGGAGAAGCCCUUACGAGCCAGCAGAUCAAUCAAAAUUCAAUGCCCUUUUCAUCUCACAGCCAAGUACACUCCAUCUACUGACGUUUGGCACCUUACUCAUGUCCAACUCGGCCACAACCAUGAAGCGAUGUCAGAUGAACAACCGGUACCGGUUGUCAAUCAUAAUCCUUAUCCACCCGAAAUCAUCGGCCGAGCAUCGCGUAUCCUCCAACUAUCCCCAAGAAAACAGAAACUGAUCUUGCAAGAGUUAGAUUUACUUUUGGAUAAGUACACUGCCAUUGCCAUGCGCACAAACAUUAGUCCUACACUGGUGGCUUUGUCUCCGAUCGAAACCAAUGAGGUAUGUAUGGUGACUGAGAACAAAGAAACAAUAGAAAGUUGCAUCAAAACCGAUGAGGUAAUCAAAACCGAUGAGGUAAUCAAAACCGAUGAGGUGAUCAAAAGCGAUGAGGUAAUCAAAACCGAUGAGGUACAUAUGGUGGCUCAGAACGAAGAAAUAAUCAAAAUUUACAAUGCAAACGAUAACCUCGUGGAGGAAAAUAACAUCGUCAGCACUCCGGGCAAAGUCUUACAAAUCGAGAAACUCAAGAAAGGAUUGCCAUCAGUAGAAGCACUCAAGGAAGGGAUCCCCGAUCCCAUUGGUAAAGAAAAGCAUCAAGGCGCUUCAAAGGCAAAGCGCGCUGCCCCAGCUAACUUGUCUGCUAACUUGUCUGAUGGCAAAGAAUCUGGCACUGGGACUCUCAAAAAAUCGAAGAAACAAAGUCACUCAAAGAAAUUGCCACCUGCUAAGCCCCCUUGCACGCGGGCAAGCAGUCGCAGCACUCGCCGAGUCAUUUGAGUAGGAGUUACAUGUCCAUUCUGUUUGUUUGUUAAAAGUUGUUGAGUUUUGAACGUUUAGGAUCUUACUAUGUGUUACAUUCAUAUGUUAUAUUUCCAUUUUAAUCGACUUGUUUAAGUUUUGAAGUAUGUAGUCACUCACUUGAAGUUAAGAAUAUCUCUGUCAUUCUAUAUGUCCCUUCUUGAAGUUUAUCAAAUGUUGAAAAGUUUUAGUGUUAGUUAUUAGUUAUAUCUAUAUGUUUGCAGUGAAAAGCGUGAAUAGAGCCAU